AGCAGCGUGCACCAGCUAGCCAUCAUAGCCGAGAGGGCUUGAGCUGUGUUUGUUUAUUUGCAAUAUUCUCGCGCUCUCUCUCCUCCCACCACCCCUCCACCACCGGCCGGCCGUUUCUCCUUGAAAUUAAAGAAAAAGCGCCGCAAAAAUUAGCAGCACGGCUAACGAAGAUCUCGCCGCCGCCUGGAUCUCCAAGAGCGAAGCGCAGGCGCCGCCCCUGGACUGGCUCUCACUCCUCCCAGGAAGGCCGCCGCGAGAGACGCUGGCGUGCGCGGCUCUCUCGUCUCCAUCUGAGUUGAGGUGCCUUGUCAGGACGCCGUAGCGAGCGCAGCAGCCGCCACCGCCAUCCGGGGAGACGCCGCCGCAACCAUGCUCUUUUCAAAUGCACUCCCUCCCCGGCCGCCUCGACGUCCCCUUUAGCCGCCUUCCGCCGUUGCUGGUUUCUUCGGACGCUCGUCCUAAGACGGCAAGCCAACCCGAGGAGGCGACAGCGCGCGCCUGACCGGGUGAGCUCUGUACAGCUACCCCCCUCUUUCUCCGCUGUUGGUGGGGAGCGUGUUAGGUGUUGGAGCGAGGAAGAGGAGGAGAAGCAGGAGGAGGAGGAGGAGUUGUCUCUCCUCCAUUGACACAAGCGCCUGAAGAGAGAGGAGGGAAACGGAGGGAAGGCGGAGGAGGCGCGCGCUCCCUCCCCCUUUUUAACCUCCCAGCUCAAAGCAAAAGGAGGACCCCUUUGCAAGGUUGCAGCAGCAGCAGCAGCAGCAGCAGCAGCAGCAGCAAGAGUCAAAGCAGCGUUGUGGGUUUUUCUUUUUGGCUCGGUCAAUUUCCAGUCGGCUAAGAAAUCCGUAUAAACAUGGCGAGUGAUUCUCCAGCUCGGAGUUUGGAUGAGAUAGAUCUGUCAGCCUUACGGGAUCCUGCAGGUAUCUUUGAACUAGUUGAACUUGUUGGCAAUGGAACUUAUGGACAAGUCUAUAAGGGCCGUCAUGUUAAAACAGGGCAGCUUGCAGCUAUUAAAGUCAUGGACGUCACCGGGGAUGAAGAGGAGGAAAUUAAACAAGAAAUUAACAUGCUAAAGAAAUAUUCUCAUCACCGAAAUAUUGCUACUUACUAUGGUGCUUUCAUUAAAAAGAACCCCCCAGGAAUGGAUGACCAGCUCUGGCUGGUGAUGGAGUUUUGUGGCGCUGGCUCUGUCACUGAUCUGAUCAAGAACACAAAAGGAAACACUUUGAAGGAGGAGUGGAUUGCCUACAUCUGCAGGGAGAUUUUACGGGGUUUAAGUCAUCUCCACCAGCACAAAGUGAUCCAUCGAGAUAUUAAGGGACAGAAUGUUUUGCUGACGGAAAAUGCAGAAGUUAAAUUAGUGGAUUUUGGAGUUAGCGCUCAGCUCGACAGAACCGUUGGCAGAAGAAACACAUUCAUUGGAACUCCGUACUGGAUGGCCCCCGAGGUUAUUGCCUGUGAUGAAAACCCUGAUGCCACUUAUGACUUCAAGAGCGAUCUGUGGUCUUUAGGGAUAACAGCCAUUGAGAUGGCCGAAGGAGCUCCUCCCCUUUGUGACAUGCAUCCCAUGAGAGCUUUAUUCCUCAUUCCCCGGAACCCAGCCCCCAGGUUGAAAUCAAAGAAAUGGUCAAAAAAGUUCCAGUCCUUCAUUGAAAGCUGCCUAGUAAAGAAUCACGGCCAGAGGCCAACCACUGAACAGCUGAUGAAGCAUCCAUUUAUUCGAGACCAGCCUAACGAAAGGCAGGUUCGCAUCCAGCUCAAGGACCAUAUUGACAGGACUAAGAAAAAACGUGGAGAGAAAGAUGAAACUGAAUACGAAUAUAGUGGAAGUGAAGAGGAGGAAGAAGAAAAUGACUCCGGGGAGCCCAGCUCUAUCCUAAACUUGCCUGGAGAGUCAACAUUAAGACGGGAUUUUUUGAGGCUUCAGCUUGCAAAUAAGGAACGCUCAGAAGCCCUCCGUCGGCAACAGCUGGAGCAGCAGCAACGUGAGAAUGAGGAACACAAGCGGCAGUUGUUGGCGGAGCGACAAAAGAGGAUUGAGGAACAGAAAGAACAGAGACGGAGGGUAGAAGAGCAGCAAAGGAGGGAGAAGGAAUUAAGGAAACAGCAGGAGAGAGAGCAGCGACGACAUUACGAGGAGCAAAUGCGCCGAGAGGAAGAGAGGAGGCGUGCCGAACAUGAGCAGGAAUAUAAGCGCAAGCAGUUAGAAGAGCAGCGGCAAGCUGAGAGGCUCCAGCGGCAAUUGCAACAGGAGCGUGACUACCUGGUCUCCUUGCAGCAGCAGCAGCAACAACAGAGGCAGGACCAGAGACCAGGAGAGAAGAAGCCCCUUUACCAUUACAAGGAGGGGAUGAAUGCCAGUGAGAAGCCAGCUUGGGCAAAGGAGGUUGAGGAACGUUCCAGGCUCAACCGGCAGAGUUCUCCAGCAAUGCCUCACAAGGUAGCCAACAGGAUAUCGGACCCAAACCUGCCUCCUCGUUCAGAGUCCUUUAGUACUAGUGGGGUGCAACCUGCUCGGACGCCACCCAUGCUCAGACCAGUGGAUCCACAGAUUCCACAUCUGGUCAGUGUGAAAUCCCAAGGACCUUCCUUGCCUGCCUCUCAGUCACUGCAUGAACAGCCCACAAAGGGAAUGGCUGGGUUUCAGGAGGGUCUGACGGUGGCCUCUCACCGCACUGAGAUGCCAAGGCAGAACUCGGACCCCACCUCCGAAAAUCCUCCUCUCCCCCCUCGUGUUGAAAAGUUUGACCGAAGUUCUUGGUUACGACAGGAGGAAGACAUUCCACCAAAGGUGCCUCAGCGAACUACUUCCAUCUCACCUGCAUUAGCUCGGAAGAAUUCUCCCGGAAAUGGUAAUGCUCUAGGACCUCGACUAGGAUCACAGCCAAUAAGAGCAAGUAACCCUGACCUGCGGAGGACGGAGCCCAUAAUGGAAAACCCUUUACAGAGGACAAGCAGCGGCAGUUCUUCCAGCUCAAGCACCCCCAGCUCUCAGCCCAGUUCCCAAGCAGGCUCCCAACCUGGAUCCCAAGCUGGGUCUAGUGAACGUAACCGAGUCAGAGGAAAUGCCAAGCCCGAAGGAUCCCCCGUCCUCCCUCAUGAGCCAGCUAAAAUAAAACAGGAAGACAGCAAAGACAUGACGCGACCAAGCCGACCUGCUGAUCUGACUGCCUUAGCAAAAGAACUGAGGGAGCUGCGGAUUGAAGAAACCAACCGGCCUUUGAAGAAAGUUACCGACUAUUCCUCCUCCAGCGAGGAGUCUGAAAGCAGCGAAGAGGAAGAGGAGGAUGGGGAGAGCGAAGCACAAGAUGGGACUGUUCCUGUCAGCGACAUCCCAAGGCUUAUCCCAACAGGAAUGCCGGGAAACAACGAGGCCUACAGCCUAGGAAUGGUGACAAGCCACGGUCUAGAACCAUCCCAUACUGACACAUUUAGCAGUAUUUCAAGAGAAGGGACUUUAAUGAUAAGGGAGACUUCUGGUGACAAAAAGCGCUCUGGCCACACAGCCAGCAAUGGCUUUGCUGGCCAUGGCAAUCUUCCAGAUUUGGUGCAGCAAAGCCACUCACCUGCAGGCACACCAACUGAGGGCCUAGGUCGAGUCUCCACCCAUGGGCAAGAGAUGGACUCUGUGGCAGAGUAUGGCAUGGGAAGCAGCACGAAAGCAUCUUUCACCCCAUUUGUGGAUACCAGAGUAUAUCAAACCUCCCCUACAGAUGAAGAUGAAGAUGAUGAUGAGGAGUCAUCUGCUACAGCAUUAUUUACCAGUGAGCUGCUGAGGCAAGAACAGGCCAAACUUAAUGAAGCAAGAAAGAUUUCAGUAGUAAACGUGAACCCCACCAACAUUCGUCCUCAUAGUGACACGCCAGAGAUCCGAAAAUACAAGAAACGCUUCAAUUCUGAAAUCCUUUGUGCUGCUCUAUGGGGUGUAAACUUGCUGGUGGGAACAGAGAAUGGGCUCAUGCUGUUGGAUCGCAGUGGACAAGGGAAGGUGUACAAUCUGAUCAACAGGAGGCGGUUCCAACAGAUGGAUGUACUAGAAGGACUCAAUGUUCUUGUAACUAUCUCAGGAAAGAAGAACAAACUACGAGUCUAUUAUCUUUCAUGGUUGAGAAAUAGAAUAUUACACAAUGACCCUGAAGUAGAAAAGAAGCAAGGAUGGAUCACUGUUGGAGAUUUGGAAGGCUGCAUACAUUACAAAGUUGUGAAAUAUGAGAGAAUCAAGUUCUUGGUGAUUGCCUUAAAGAAUGCUGUAGAGAUAUAUGCUUGGGCUCCUAAACCAUAUCACAAGUUUAUGGCUUUUAAGUCUUUUGCAGAUCUCCAGCACAAACCAUUGCUUGUUGACCUCACAGUAGAAGAAGGUCAGAGGCUAAAAGUCAUCUUUGGAUCCCACACUGGUUUCCAUGUUAUUGAUGUGGAUUCAGGGAAUUCGUAUGAUAUUUAUAUACCAUCUCACAUUCAGGGCAAUAUCACGCCUCACGCCAUUGUCAUCUUGCCCAAAACGGAUGGAAUGGAGAUGCUUGUGUGCUAUGAGGACGAAGGGGUGUACGUUAAUACCUAUGGACGCAUAACAAAAGAUGUGGUGCUCCAGUGGGGAGAAAUGCCCACUUCAGUGGCCUACAUCCACUCCAAUCAAAUAAUGGGCUGGGGCGAGAAAGCUAUUGAGAUACGGUCAGUGGAGACUGGACAUUUGGACGGAGUAUUUAUGCACAAGCGUGCUCAGCGGUUAAAAUUUCUAUGUGAAAGAAAUGAUAAGGUAUUUUUUGCAUCAGUGAGAUCUGGAGGAAGUAGUCAAGUUUUUUUCAUGACCCUCAACAGAAAUUCCAUGAUGAAUUGGUAACAAAAGGGCACUCAGUGCUUACUUUGACAUCAAGAUUUUUUAAUUUUAAAGAACAUUGGAAAAUGCAGACGUAACACGGUAGAGGCAGGUGAAGAAGAUGUUUCGGAACACGUUGCUUCCUUCCGUGAACACAUUUGCACUCACUCAGGCACGCUCCAAGAAUAUAACACACCGUUCUUGUUGUGGUUUAGGAAUGGAAGUUUACUCAAGGUCACAAGAAUGCAGCACCACUGUAUUUGGGCAGAAAUGGACAAAGGCGCAGGAGAUUUAGCAGAAUAAAUCUCUUCUGAGAUCUUCAGAUGAAGCUGUGAUAGAGUGGGUCAUACAUUUUUUAAAAAAAACACAUUUUCCUUGUCCCUCUGUUUGUACAAAUAGGGACAGAUCUAAGUAUCAAACAGAGUCUCUGUUUUUAAUUUUGUCUGCCUGCUAGCAUCAACUAUAUAGUACAUUGUAAGGUUACCAAUUAAAACUGGUGAGAGACAGCACAAUAAAUGUAUCCUUCUA